GCGACCGCGCAUCGCACGGCGAUGGAGUCCUCCUGGCUCGAGACGCGCUGGGCGCGGCCCUUGUACCUGGCCUUCGUGUUCUGCCUGGCGCUGGGCCUGCUGCAGGCCAUCAAGCUCUACUUGCGGAGGCUGCGGCUGCUGCGAGACCUGUGCCGCUUCCCCGCGCCUCCCAUCCACUGGUUCUACGGGCACCAGAAGUUAUUUCAGGAUGGUAAAAUGGAGAAAUUUGAGGAGCUUGUUGAAAAAUACCCUUGUGCCUUUCCUUGCUGGGUUGGGCCUUUUCAAGCAUUUUUCUACAUCUAUGACCCAGACUACGCAAGGAUAUUUUUGGGCAGAACAGAUCCCAAGUCCAAGUACCCACACAAGUUCUUGAUUCCGUAUCUUGGAAAAGGACUGCUGAGUCUAGAUGGACCCCAGUGGUUCCAGCACCGUAGACUCCUAACUCCUGGGUUCAGUGUUAAUAUCUUGAAAUCAUAUGUUGAGGAAAUGGCCCAUUCUGUGAAAACAAUGCUGGGUAAGUGGGAGAAGAUUUGCAGCUCUCAGGACACAGUUGUAGAGGUCUAUGAGCAUAUCAGCUUGAUGACCCUGGACAUACUUAUGAAAUGUGCUUUCAGCCAGGAGACCAACUGCCAGAUAAGCAGCACCCAUGAUCUUUAUGUUAAAACAAUGUUUGAAGCCAACAAAAUCACCUUUUACCACUUAUACAGUUUCUUACAUCACGAUGACAUCAUUUUCAAGUUCAGCCCUCAGGGCCACCGCUUACAAGAGAUGGCCAAAAUUCUACAUCAAUACACAGAAAACCUAAUCCAGGAUAGAAAGAAAUUCCUGAAAGAUGAAAAAAAGCAUGGUAGCACUCAGAAGCGGAAGUACCAGGAUUUUCUGGAUGUUAUACUUUCUGCCCAGGCUGAAAAUGGCAACAGCUUCUCAGAUACUGACCUAAGGUCUGAGGUGAACACACUGACGUUGGCAGGGCACGACACCACAGCAGGGAGCAUUUCCUGGCUCCUCUACUACCUGGCUCUGAACCCUGAGCAUCAAGAGAGAUGCCGGGAGGAGAUCAGGGGCAUCCUGGGGGACAGGUCUUCUAUCACCUGGGACCAGCUGGGUGAAAUGUCAUACACCACAAUGUGCAUCAAGGAGUCACUCCGACUGGCGCCUCCAGUCCCAUCCAUUUCCAGAGAGCUCAGCAAGCCUAUUACCUUCCCAGAUGGACGCUCCCUGCCUGCAGGAAUAACUGUGGUUCUCAACAUCUGGGGCCUUCACCAUAACCCUGCCAUCUGGGAAAAUCCAAAGGUCUUUGACCCCUUGAGAUUCUCCCAGGAGAAUUCUGAUCAGAGACACCCCCACUCCUUCUUACCAUUCUCAGCUGGACCAAGGAAUUGUAUUGGGCAGCAUUUUGCCAUGAUUGAGCUAAAGGUGGCCAUUGCCUUGAUUCUACUCCACUUCAGGGUGGCUCCAGACCCCACCAGACCUCUUGUCUUCUUGCACCAGAUGGUCCUCAAAGCCAAGAAUGGGGUCCACUUACACCUGAAGAAACUCCCCUAAUGUUACAGCCCAGGGUACAAUGAUUAUAUAUAUAUAUAUCCAACAUAUCCUCUCUAUAUAGGAUAUAUAUACCCAUUCAUCCAUUUUAUACACACACACACAGAGUGAAAGAGAGUUUUAAAGUUAAAUUACAGCUAUUGGACCAAGAAAAUGAAGAGAAAUCAAAAUAUGGUGGGAGGGUUAGGGGUACGUGGGAUGGGGGUCUUUGUGCACAUUAUCCAAAACCAUUUCUAGGUGAUAUCCUGUGUCACCCAGAUCUGUUUCUGUAUGAUUUGGGGAGAUUUUCCAAUCAUUUCUGUUUGAUUCUCACUGUUGUUAAUGCUACAUACCAAGAAUUUUCCUAGGUGACUUCCAUAUAUUUUCUGUUGCUUUUUAAAAUAGUUUUUGGAAUUAUACAAGUAAUACAUGCAUGUAUGCUCACAGUAAAAGAUCCAACAUUCGAAAAGCAUGCAGAGUAAAAAGUAAAAAUUCCACAUCACAUACCCUACACCUCUCUGCCCUGACCAAACCUACUCAUUUUCCUAAAAACAGAAUAGUUUUUGUUAAUUUUUUCAGAACGUUUCAUAUACAUUUCAUAUAUACAUAUGUAUAUAUGUAUUCUUACAGAUGGGAUCAUAUCCAUAGUAUUCUUGCUUUUUUCACUUAAUAAAAAAUACAUCUUUUUCCUAAUCAUAGAUUCAUGGUAUUUUAUAAUAUGAAUGUAUUAUAAUUCAUUGAACUAUUUUCUUAUUAUUGGAUAUUUAAAUUAUUUAUGGUUUAAAGACAUGCUUAUUGGCCACUUGUAUUUAUUUUGUUGUCUGUGACUCAUACAUCAUUUAUGUUACUUUUCCUAUGGAGUUCUACAUGAGUUCUCUAAUAUUGUGGAUGAUAGUCCUUAACUGUAACUUUUCUUUAUAACUUUCCCCAUUAUUCUACUUUUAUAAAACUGUAUGGUGUCUGUUAGCAUACAGAACUUCUAAAUUUUAAUGAAAUAAGGUAAAUAAACUUUUUUUUAUGGUU